ACAUUACAACCAAAAGAAAAAAAUGUCAGCUCCCAUGUAGAUUUCCUCCAGAUUUAUUCACAGCACAAGAUGAGUAGAAAAAGGACACUGAUGCCUGAAUUCUACAAAAAGAAGAAAGUAUGUACAGAAUCUCGUAACAAAGUACUUAUAACUGAUGCUGAAAGGGAAGAAGUAUCCAGAGUGCCAACUGACACAGAAGUGUAUUUACUGUACUUUAAAAACUUAUUUCCAUUAGAUAAAUUUGAACACCGACUUCCACCAAUGGUAUUGAAACAUCAGUUAUACAGUUUAAACAAAAACAGAACUGUUGUGGAUAAAGAGCUGAAUGAUCUGAAAAAUAAAGGUGUGAUAAAGAUAUUUAAGAUAGGAUCUGAGUUUGAUGAAUAUGCAGUGGUGUUUACAGAAGAUUACAGAUGUCAUGUGACCAGAGUAAUGGCUGAAGUCUCUGUGCCAAAAAGUAUAGCAGAUAAAUUUGUGAACACUAUUGUGAAGAGAUGUAAUGAUGUAUAUGUAAAUAAAGAUACACUAAUAAAAGAAUAUAACUUUAAAGAUGAUGACAUUACGCAACUUCUGAAAGCCACAGUAUUAACAAACAGAACAGUUGGCAGUUGGUGGUUAGCUGUACCCAAUACUGGAAUGUUUAUGAAAAGUUUACUGCGUGGGAGGAAAGCCAUAUUAACCAUGAUUAAAAAAAGCAAAUACAAAGAAAUACUCAAAAACGAUUUAGAACAAAGAAAACUACCAAAAAUGUGUCGUCUAGGAUUAACAUAUCAUCUACAAGAUAUUAUUGGUGCUGAUCUGAUACUCAGUAUACAAACCACCUCAGGACAGCUACUACGAUUGAAAGAUUGAUGAUAACUAGGAUUAGAAUGUGAUAAUUGAAGACUGGGAUGUUAUACUACUGUGUGUUUGUAUUGUUCUUUGUAAAACACAUGUAUUUAUUAGGUUAAAUGUGAUAGGGAAUUAUUUAUGAGUGCAGUAUUUGUUAAACUUGCAUGGUACCUGUUAAAACAUGACCAUGCCAAAAAAAAACUUUGUCGGGGUAGGAAUUCUAAUAAAUUAUGAAUUCUUACUUAUUAUUUUGUUUUACAGUUUUUUUUAUUUCAAACACAAGGUGUUGCAUUGGUAAAAGUAUGCUUGAGUUUUACAAAUAAAAUCAACAAGUCUUUAUUUUUCUUGGGGCUAUUACUUGAAAUCUGAAACAUAGAACUUGCCAAUGGAAUUAUAUUUAAAAUAGAACAGAGAUAUCAGUGGCAAUUCUGAUAUUGUCAAGGAAUGUCUUUAUACCAAACAAAGUAACAAAAAGCAUUGUAAAAUGUAAGUAACAUUGUAAAUUAUAAUUGUCUAGAAAUAUUUAAAAUUCAUUGCUAAAAGUUUUAUGAGGUAGCUAACAGUAUUUAUAUAUGUGAAAAAAAAUGUUAUUUAAAAUAAUGAUAUAUGCGAUAGUUUAUUUUGUGUUAUACCAACAUUAUUUAUAUAUGAUAGUAUAUCAGCUGUUUAUUUGAAUUAAUUUAUUAUAAUAUAUGAAUCAUAGAUAAUGUGUUAUCACUACAUGUUUCCAGUUAUUUAAAAUAACCAUAAGGUUUUCUAGGUCUCUGUAAAGGAACAGCAAUAUGAUUGCAUGUUAUUCCCCAAAGCAAUUGGUCGAAUUCUAAGUUAUAACCAGGCAACACUUUUGCAUCAUAUUGAGUGGUAUGAAGUUUAAGAAAGAAACUUGGAAUAAAGGUACAUUUUGUACUUGGCUGUACACUCAUCAGUCACUGUCUUUGAAGCAAACAUAAAAAUGACUGACAACACCUGAGGGAGAGAACAGUAUAUAUUUGUUGCCAGAAUCAAACCGCCUGCUGUUGCUUAAAAGUUUAACGUGGAAUAUUUUUGAGAACCAGGGUGCCUCUAAGUUGUGUUAUAUAUAGAAUGUACAAAUGCAUGAAUUAUUUAUUCAAACAAUUAAAAAAUUGUAGUACAAAUGAUCUGUGUGAUAUUCAGCUCAAAUAUCCACAAUAAGUUUAACUUAUAAACGAGUUUGUAUGAAAGCAUGUUUAAAUGUAAAUAAGAUGGAAUAUUUCAAAUGUGAUAUUGACUUUUUAGCAAAAUAUAAAAUGUUUCUAUCAUUGAAUCUGUAAGAAAUAGCAGAAAUUGUACACACAUUUUUUUUUAAUUUUAUUUAUGUAACCUAAGUUAACAUUGUAAUAGUUGUUCUGGUAUCUCAUCCCCAAAAUAUUCUACCACAGGUUACGUUCUUUUGAAAGAAGAACAUCUUAUUUCCAGCAUUUAUCAGCUUUUUUAUGUUCUCCUUUGAAACAAGUUUACUAAUUAAAGAAAAACUUAGCAGGAAUUAUGGCAUAAUAUAUAAUGAUAUCUUUUUGGUUGGGUUCAUUUUUCUUAUUCCUUAAUUUUCUCUGGCAGGUUUUGUGGACAUUUUGUUUAUUCUUUUAUCCAUUUUGCCAAUUGCUAAGGUGUUGCCUAUCUUUCUUGAAAGUUGCAAUAUUUAACUGCCGACUGGUAUUUUUUAUUAGUUAUUUCUUCAUUUGCACAGUCAUUUUAGACAUGCUUGAUCAUUAAGUAUGUUAAUUAGAACCCUGUACUUUAGACCUGUUGGUGACCUUCUGCUGUUGUGUUUUUUUUAUUUUGGUCGGGUUGUUGUCUCUUUGACACAUUCCCCAUUUCCAUUCUCAAUUUUAUUUCAAUUAUCAAAUAUAAUUUUCAUAAUACUUCAAGACAUAUUUCCUCCUUGAACUGAUCUGUUACAGUGAUGCAGAUUAUUUAAGUAUUAAAUCAAAGAAUUCACUUUGUUUGAUAGUUUUCAGGACUGUUAUGAAUAUUUUUGUUUACCCCUAGCACAAUAGGACUAUCAGUUCACGCCAAAACUCAUUGAGUUGUGCAUAUGUGAGGUAUAGGUAUUUAUUUUAAGAACUAACAUGUAUGUGAUUCAUACAUAUAUGUGGAAUGGUGUGUUGCAAUCUACAUUGUACCUGUUUGUUAUUGAUAGAUGCAUAUAAAUUAUUAUAUUGUAUUAAUGAAAUGAUUUGUGAUUUAUUAAUGGAGAUAUUUUUUAUGAUCAGAAUUUUGGUUUCUAGUAGCAUGAAACAUAUUUGUAAUAAAUUAAAUGAUUUGAUAUGAUUAGUGAUAAACAAAACUGUGUAUAUCAAAGUUAUUUAUAAUCCCAGAUUCAGGGGUGAUUUAUAUAACUAUUAUUAUGAUGUAGGAAUUGUUGCUUACGGGUUACUGCCAGGUACUUUAUACUUUAGACCUCCCUCAGUGUUCUAAUAUUUCAGAGGGUUGCAUUUUUAUAAACAUUUUAGAGAACAUAUUUUUGAAAGAUUUCUAGAUUAUGUAAGGUUUUCAGUAUAAUUUAAUUAUAGAAGGAUUGAAAUGAAUACAUUUUGUUUUGUAUUACAUUUAAAAGAACCUACAAUUGUAAAAUUUGCUGCUUGUUUGUCUGAACAUAUUGUAGAAAGAAGAAAAAAUUACAAACACUACAAAAAUAAUGGAAAUCCUUUGUUACAAGUUUCUUUUGCAUAAAGUUAACUGGAAUUAAAUUCACAAGUUUAAAGAUUGUUUAUUUAUUUUAACUUAUUUAAAGAGUUCUAUGUUGAAUUUCAGAAUUACUUGGUGUAUGAGUAUUUGUUAGUAAAAAUCAUUUACAAUGUAAAAGAGAAUAAUACAUUUUUUACUUUGUUAUGUACAAUGUUUUAGUGCCUUUUAAUAACAUUAUUGGUAAUAAAAUCUUGUUUGCUAUGA